AUGAAAUCCUGGGUUAUGUUCCUGGCUCUGGGAGGCGUCAUGGUCGGGGCAGACACCAUAUCCAUGAUGCCAAAUAUAAAACUAGGAGUACGUUUUGUAUGUGACUCUUCAUUGGUGAAGGCACGCCAAGAAAAAAAUCAUACUACACCUCUUCGGGAAUACAUAAGUACAUUUCUUAAUACGGUGGAUCUUUAUUUACGGAAAUCAGAAUGUCCGGAAGUCAAAUUAGUGCUCACUGGUGUAAACGAAACAACGGAAGAAGAGGAGUCUCACUUUGAGAAAACGAACAACGAAUACAGAGUAACCCUUGACCCAACAUUUACGCUGGGAAUGUUUCAGGCAUGGGUUCAAAAAAAUAUAAAUUUUAAUAAUGAUGACAUUGUACUCUUGCUAACCAGCAUCCUCUUUGAAGAUCACAUUGGGAGUGGAAUUAGUCCGAAUGGCUAUUCCUAUUUCAACGAAAUCUGCUCUUUAGGCUUUGGGCUCGUCCGUGACUCAGGCGUUACGUUCGACGGAGUGUUACCUAUGGCACAACAAAUAGCACAUAUGUUGGUUGCUCCGUGGGAUACAAGUGAUAACUGUCCAGAAAGCGGUGCAACAUUAAUGGCCACUGUCUGUAAACCCCGAGGUUUAUCACAAUGCACAAAAGAGGCUUUGAUUCAGCAAUACAACAAUAAUGCAAACAAAGACGUCUGUUGGAAAAAUACCUCGAAGCCCGAUGCUUCGUUCAAUUGGACCCUUCCAGCGAACUACUUCGAAACAGAAAACUACUGUUCCACUCAACAUACACGGAGAGUUGUCAAAUGUCCAGAGGGCAAUGAAAACUACGUUGCGAACGUGACUAAAUGUUCCAUGGGCUGUUGCGUAAACAUUACCACAGAAGCUAGUGGUUUCAAAUAUUCUGUGCCGGAUGGCACUCCAUGCGGAGACAAAAAGAUCUGCAUCGCUGCGGUCUGUUCAGAAUUUUUGAAGAAAGACAUCGACUAG